UGUCCACACCUUUGGUGACUAACUUGUCCACACCUUUGGUGACUAACUUGUUCACACCUUUGGUGCUGCCUCCUGCUUUGAGCUCCCUCAGACAAAGGUUCAUGCGCUGUUACAUAAUAGUUCAACCGGCACCGAAUGGUUGCUCCAAAGUUAAGGUCAGACAGUGAAUAAACGUCACGGUUUGAAACCUUUGGUCAAAUUUACAUUUGGUCUCUUUUAAUUGCCUGGAGCGGUAUGCAAGCCAGUGAUGAGGAAGAAGCGUUGCUCUAUCGUUCCCCGACCCAGCCAGGUCAGCUUGACCUCUACAAGCCGGGUCGACAUACAACACCACACAGCGUUUUACCUGGAUCAGUACGUUGGAUGACUCGAGAUUUCACCCAUCUCAGAAGGGCGGGAGAUUUUUCUGACGCAAUCGUCCGUGUCGGUCAGGUGACAUUUCCGGUCCAUCGCAACAUCCUGGCGUGUUCCAGUCCAUACUUCCGGGCUCUCUUUACAAUCAUGGAGAGGUCAGGCCUGAGGGGACGAGAUGACCCAGCCCUGUCCAGCCAGCCCUCCCCCUCUCAACUGUCCAGCGACACCCAGCCCAUAACUGACCCAGACGGUGGGGGCUUGCUCAACAUCAACCAGAGCCAGGGAGAUAUGAGUUGGGUGACAUGCAGCACGCCCAUUACCGGCUCAACGACGGACGUCUCCACGUCAGAGACUUCAGUCACGUAUGACACAAUGACAUCAUGUAUGACAUAUGACACCACGACAUCCUGCAUGACACCGGCUUUCUCCCCUUGCUCAGCCCGACUCCCUUACUGUGUGACGUCACAGUGCCCACACAGUUCCCCGGAAACAACGAUGACGUCAUCUCACCCAUACCCCGCCCCUGGGAUGGGCGAAUCGUUGCGCGUGCUGUCCCCCUGUUACGAGGUGAGCAUCAAAGACGUGCACCCCGAGACGAUGAAUGACAUCAUCGAACACGCCUAUGGCGGCAAGGUCCUGAUCACCGCCCACAACAUCGAGCAGCUGCUGCCUGCUGCUGACAGGUUCCAGGUGACGUCACUGCUGAAAGAAUGCUGUGACUUCCUGUUGGGCGAACUGUCGGUUGCCAACUGCAUCUCGAUCGUCAAGUUCGCCAGCCAUUUCUUCCAGUGUGAUCACGUGAGGGAGCAGGGAACACAAUUUCUUCUGGACAACUUUACAGCGGUCUUCCAGACGAGCCCUGAGUUUGAGAGCUUAACGUGUAAGGAGCUGAGCCACAUCCUGCGAGCUGACCAGCUCAACGCUAGACAGGAGGAGCUCGUGCUGGACGCCAUCAUUCGCUGGGUCAGUGCGGACCUCACGGACAGACAGCAACAUAUCCCAGAACUUGUGUCGUGUGCUAGGGUUGGUCUGAUGCUGCCCGAGAACAUGGGCGAGUUUGUCGACUCAUGGCUCUUGUCCAACGAUCUCAACUCUGACUUCAAUAAAGUCACACUACAAGUGAUGGAGUCGGUGCUACAGCUCCAGAAGCAGCAGAUGAGCGAGGUGGACGGCGCCAUGUUUUCCCCACGUCUGCCCAGAGAUAUCCUCUUCGUCAUCGGCGGAUCCAACUUUGGUUUCCCGCUCAACCUGGUGGAGGCCUUCGACUGUCGGACUUGGCUCUGGUCCAUCAUCUGCCCCUACGACUUUGGUAGGUCCAUCAUCUGCCCCUACGACUUCGCUCCCAGGUCAUACCAUGGGAUGGUUGCCCUGGACAACGAGAUCUACGUCAUCGGCGGUUUCAGCGGCCAGGUGUACCUUAGCAGCUGCUGCAAGCUUAAGCCCGCGUCACUAACAUGGGAGGAUGUGACGCCCAUGAACACCAAACGAUGUUAUGUAGGUGUGGCCGAGUGUAGAGGUUAUAUCUAUGCUGUGGGAGGCUAUGACGGCGUGUACCGACUGAACAGCGCCGAGAAGUUCAACAAAGAAUCCAAUCAGUGGAGCUUCAUCUCACCCAUGCUGCAGCAGAGGAGUGACGCUGGGGUGGCAGUGUUGGACGACAAGCUGUAUGUGUGCGGGGGCUUUAACGGCCUGGAGUGUAUCAGAGCUGUGGAGCUGUACGACCCCGACACGGACCAGUGGACAUCCGAGCCCAGCAUGCCACGAGGCCGCAGUGGCCUUGGCCUCGUGGCCUUCAACUCUCGCCUCUACGCUGUCGGAGGCUUCGAUGGGACGGACAGCUCCGUGCGUCUCUCAACAAUGGAGUCCUACUGCCCGCUCACCCGACAGUGGACGCGCCUGGAGCCAAUGCCCAGUCCCAGAAGCAACCUGGCCGUGGAGGUACUGGAGGGGCGACUGUACGCCAUCGGUGGCUACACGGGGGACAGGACGACGGCUGUCGUCGAGUGCUACGAUUUCUCCGCCAAUUCCUGGUACCAGUCGACAAACAUGAGCCACAACAGGAGCGCCCUGGGCGUGUGUGUGGUCAGUGGCCUCGCCAACACAGCAGACAUCCUCCGACGUAACCCCACCAGCGUCCAGCCCCAGAUCACACAAAGGACAUUUUGACGACCCAGCCAUGCAAUCGUUUGAAUUGUGUCAUGUGCCGCCAUGCAAUCGUUUGAAUUGUGUAAUGUGCCGCCAUGCAAUCGUUUGAAUUGUGUAAUAUGCCGCCAUGCAAUCGUUUUAAUAGUGUAAUGACGACUGUAAACUAGAACGCUAGUCUCCAAACAAUAUUAUUCUUUACAAAAUUAGGUCAACUUGUUUUAAACAAGGUGUUUGGAUUGACAGAAAUCAAGCUUACUAUUUUAAGAGCAAGAAAGUAGGCUUUUUUUAAUCACUUAUAGCCAAUGUUUGUAAUGAAUCUUUUAACACUAGCUUAAGUUUGUAGUGAAUCUUUUAACACUAGCCAAAGUUUGUAGUGAAUCUUUUAACACUAGCUAAUGUUUGUAGUGAAUCUUUUAACACUAGCCAAUGUUUAUAGUGAAUCUUUUAACACUAGCCAAAGUUUGUAGUGAAUCUUUUAACACUAGCCAAAGUUUGUAGUGAAUCUUUUAACACUAGCCAAAGUUUGUAGUGAAUCUUUUAACACUAGCCAAAGUUUGUAGUGAAUCUUUUAACACUAGCCAAAGUUUGUAGUGAAUCUUUUAACACUAGCCAAAGUUUGUAGUGAAUCUUUUAACACUAGCCAAAGUUUGUAGUGAAUCUUUUAACACUAGCCAAAGUUUGUAGUGAAUCUUUUAACACUAGCCAAAGUUUGUAGUGAAUCUUGUUUGAAGUCAAACUCCUGCAACAUUAAUGAUCUCUGUGUCGAUCCUGUGUCAUCUAAAUGUCCUUAUCACCACCGCUAUACUAAAAUGUCUAUGUCACCACCGCUAUACUGAAAUGUCUAUGUCACCCCCGCUACACCAUCAAAUGCUGUAUCACCAAUGAUACAAGCACAUCUGAGUGUCGGCUGCCACUUCUGGACCACGUCUGAUGUAUUACUUCCCUUAGGUAGUUAUUUCCGGCCCGGGAAAUUGAAAAACGGCUGUGUUUUUUCCGGUUUCUUAAAUUGGAUUGGAAAAGUGUAGUAAGUUUCAAUGAAGUAAGAAAUCUGAUUGAAAUAGGAAGGCAAUGACAAGCUGGCACAUUUCUAGCAUCGUGUGUUUUGUCUUUUAGACAUCUUACAAUCGUUUCUCUCUCGUCCAUCAAGAAA